GAGCCGGUGUGAUUAGCUUCCCCAGACCUCAGAAAACCCGUCCAGUGGGCGUGAGAAGGCAUUAGGUGGCUAAAUAGGGGGCAUUAGUGGGGGUCCCCUCCCUAAAAGGGCCUGGCUCCCACUUCUCCCUCCUUAGACCUCAUUCCCAAGCUGAGGCAUGGGCUGGGCUGUACUGGGCGCCAGGUGGAAGGGAGGCCACUGGGCUGUCACCCAGCCUGGCUCUGGGGACCUUGGGAAAAGGAGCUGGGAGGCACGCUCGCUCGUGCGCUGUGUGCCCGCCCGCCCACCCGUCGCCUGCUGCAGAGCCUGGAGCCACCGCUGGGAGAGGAAGUGCGUUCGGUUACCAAUCGGGUUAUUUUCAUAACGGCUGUCUCAGGCUGCAGGGAGGAGGGUGACAAGGGGGAGGGGGCAGAGGAGCAGCCACGGCUGCUAGCUCUCCAAACUAGGACUUGCUCAGCAGAGGCCGCCAGCCUGGAGCUGGAGCCAGAACCCGGCCUUGGGGACCCCAGCUCCCGCCUGCGCCCUGCCUUCCAGAUCAGGUCAAAAGGGGCCCCCAGCCCCUCCUUGCUUUCCGCUUCCUCCCUCUGUAUCUGGCUGGGUGGGUGUGGGGAGGGUUGGAUCCGGGUGGACCCAGGCCCCACCAUCCCUGGGCGAGGGGCCUGCCCUGCCAGCUUCCUGAAGCUGAUGGAAAAGGGUCCCCCCAAGCUCCUGCUGAGCCAGGGCAGACCCUGCCGAGUAAACACUCACUGGCCUGGUCGCCUUCUCACCAUCCAGCCUGGCCCACCUGCUCCCCGAGGUACAUUUUGUUUGUUGUUUUUGACAGGAUCCCUGUGGUGAGUCUCAGCCUGGGAAGGGAGGACUCUGCCUCCCCAGCCCCUAGGUUGACUGGGUAGGGACUGGCCUCCCUUCCAGCUUCCCCACCUCCUUCCCUCCAACCCAGGUCUGUGGGAGCAGAGCCGAGGGGGUUCUGGGGAGGCAGCUGCAGGCCCUUGCUCUGGGGCUGCUGGAGGUGGGGUCACCAUGCACCAUGCCCAGCCUUCACGGAGCAGAAGGCGGACGAGGCCCUGCCCAGGGUGUGGAGUGGGCACUCUGGGUCAGUCCCAUGGGGUAUCCUGUGAGAGCAACUCAGGGGACCAGGCCUGGUACUGGGUGCAGAGGGCAUUCAUGGCACGAGCAGAUACCCAGGUGGCACCUGCGGCCGGCUCUGUUCCUCAUGCGGUGGGUGGUGGCCACCCUGGGCACUCCUGCUUCCCUUUCUGGGUUCCUGGCCUCACUGUGGGCAGACAGACCCCAGGAGUUAGCACAAUCACAUGCUCUGGUGUCUGUGGUGGGUAUAGGCCCUGCCAGGCUCCUGCUGUCUGCCAGGUAUCACCAGGCACUCUUCCUCUGUCGUCGCAUCCAGACCUCCUUUAUGCCAAUCUUCUGAAGCAGGUGGUGUGAGCCCCAUUUUGCAGAUGAGAAAAUUGAGGCUCAGAAAGGUUAGUGGAUCAGCCUAGGGUGGCAAUGGCAGAUUCAGUAUGCCAACGCCCUUGAAACUAGCACAGGGCGUGAGAUGGCCUGGGCUCUGAAGGGUGGGUGUCCUGCCGCUCCAGCAGUAGCCGGUGAAUCUCUCCGGCCUGCCCGCCCCCAUGGCAGCCACUGCAGCUCGGCCGCCCGCAGCCACAGCCACUGUCCAGCAAGGGUGCAUGGCCAGACACCACUGGUCUUGUCUCCUGACUUCCUCUGUCCUUUCCCAGGCCCUGUCCUUGUCAGGCCCCGGAGCCGGCCGGAGGUUGAUGGGGUCCCCUGAGUCCUUUCCCAUCCUGUCCCCGUUGGUGUAACAGGCUCCCCACCCGGAGACCGAGGGACAGCCAUUUUGCUGUGCUCUUGGUGUUGAAGCCCUCGGGGUGACCUUUACACGUACUGUGUGGCGAGGUGGAGGUGACCGAGAGCACGAGAUGAGAAGACACUGUCACGCAGAGCUGUGCUACCGGCGAGGCUCAGGCCCAGGGCAGGCUCCAACAAGGCCCAGGAGAAGCCCCAGCAGAGAUAGGAAGUGAGGAGUCAGGCUCUUGCUGACCAGGGACAGAGGUUUCUAUGGAGACCAGAGGAACAGGAAGCACAGGCCUGCAGGGAGGGGCGUGGGAGCACGGAGGCAUGGGUGCCCAGCAGGAGAGCCUGUGACAAAAUGUCAGCUCAGCCAUUCUGACAGCCUCCCCAGACACACAGGAAAACUGAGUCCUGUGAGGGGCCAACUCGCACAGUCACACAGCACUGCUGGCCCUGCCCACCCCACUCUGCUGGGAGGGGCGGCACCAUCGGCCGCUGAGGAGACUCCUGGACAGAGGUGGACCUGGGCUGCCUGGCAGUGUGUGGAGCCGGGCACCACAGGAGCACCUGUCAGCCGCCCUUGUCUCUCGAGGGCGUCCUGGCCCCUGUUGUCAGUGCAGGUCUGGGGCCGCAAGCCGGGCUCAGCCCUCACUGCCGCCCACGGGUGCAGCGGCACCUCCCCCCACUGACUGUGGCCUUUUGUUUUCUGGGUGACACUAGCAUCAGGCGGUGUGUCCGGGUGACUAAUCUCCUCCAGGCUGGGCAGCUGUCACAGGGCGGCCUGACCAGGCGGGCGGGGAAAGCUGACACCCUGGGGAGGGCUGGCAGGCCAGUGCCCUGACGGCAGGGGGCAGUUGGGCCUUCAGGCUCCUCUUCCCCUGACACAAAGCAGUCCCCAGGUCGGGAAGACCCGGGUUCAGGUCCCGAAUGCCGUUGACUGGCCGUGGGACCGUGGCAUGUUAUUGGCCCUCUUGAAGCCUCAGUUUCCCCAUCUCUAGAAUGGAGCUGCGGGUCCUGCCUACCUCACAGGGCUGUGGUGAGGAUCACACAAGAUGAUAAAGUACUUAGCCCAGGGCCUGUCAUGUAGCAAGUGUUCGUUAUUAUUCCCUACCUGGUUCCCUUUCCUACCCCAUCCCAGCCUCAUGUUCCAGGAGGAAGGACCCUGCAACCCACCCCAUUUCUGGGACGCAGGCUUUGCCGUUAGGUAGACGGGCUGCAGCUCUGGCUCCACACUGACUUGCCGUGGACUCUAGGCAGGUCACCUCUGUGUCAACUUCCUCAUCAGGAACGCAGUGUGAUGCAGUACCUAUUCCUUGGGGUUGUAAUUUAUGAAAUGGUCUAAGUGUUUGCCAGGGGCUUAGCACAGUGCCUGACACAUAGGGGCUCAGUAAAUGUCAGCCAUGACGCUGGUGAUUUUGGGGGAGACCCAGCACUCUCCACUCAUGCCUGCUGUCCUGCCCCUGCAGCUCCCUCCGGCCCAGGUGGUCUGCUUUGAGUGGGGCACUAUUUGGGGUCAUAAGAGCACUGCCCUGACCUCCCUGUCAUCUGAGGCAGCUGGAAACUCCAAUAGGCAGAGACCAAGAGCUGAGCCGUGCAGAACUCUGCUUCCCUAGGCACCUCCACCCUGUCCAUCUCUCCCCCAACACCCCUGCACCUGGCCUGAAGCUGCUCAAGACCACAGGGCAGUAGCGAAUCAGAGUGCAGUGUAUGGAAGGAGAAGGUGCUAGACGUGUGGCCUGGGCCUGACUCUUCCAGCCCUUCAUCUCUGCCUUCAUCCUUCCUCCUGCCCACCGUGUGUCCAGGGCAUCACCCACCAUGCCUAACUAAUGCCAGCCUUCAGGGGACCACAGGGUUUCUCCUGUCAGCCCCGGGCAGCACUGUCCCAGGGCUGUGACUUUGACCUCUGUGGCUGCCAGGGGUUAGGAUGCAUCCCCCGACAGUCUCUCCCCAGGACCAGGGCCCAGGAGAUCACCUGCUGUGGGGCACAGGUGGCCUCAGGUGCCUGGAGGCAUCGCCACCCUGAUCCAUGCCAGGCAGGCUGCCCUUCCCCCCCCCCCCCAUUAGGAGAGGUGAGGGCACAGGAGCUCGAUGCUGGCUGUGAAGAAGGGUAGGCAGGGCUGAGGUGAGCUGGCAGACGGAGCAGAGCAUGAGUUCAGGAUGGGUCCAGGGAGGCCAGGUCCAGGUGGGAGCUAGGAUGAUGCCCGCAGCUCCUGCCUCCCUGCAGGAGGGAGCUCUGGGCUGUGCAGCGUUUGGAAUUGUGAGCAUCGGGGCUUCCAGCAUCAGGGCCGCAGAAGAAUGUGCAGUCACAGGCUCCCUCAGCAGCAGAGUCAGAAGGGUUUCCCGGCAUCACCCAGCUUCGCCCUGGGGUAUCUGUACUUUGUCCCUUCAGAAAGGUGAGACAGAGCAGUCGAGCACCAGAAAGUUCUUACCAUCAGCGCCUCAGACAUACAGGCACGCACACACCCAGAAUCCAGAAGGCUUUGCUUUUGGCCCAAGCCUAUUGUCGCGGCCCCCUGGGUGUGAAGGGAGACUGAGCAGCCCUUCUCCCGGGUGAGCCAGACAGCGACUCUCCAGUUCCCUGAGACCUGGUCUCCCCUGAGCCACACACUAGACCCUCUCCAUUUCCAGGAGUCACCUUCAGCCUGACCCCAAGGCUAUGGGCUGAGAGACUCUGGGGGUCCUGUCAGGAUUAAGUUCCUUUGCAGAGAGCCUCAUUUUGUUAUAGCUUGGUCUGCGCCAUGUCCCAUGAGGGGACACCUAACCUGCCCCCCCCCCGGAUGUUGGUGGCGAAACAAAGGCGGCAAGUGGGAAGCGCUGCCCUGGGCCCGCUGUCCAUCCAGGCAGACGGACUCCCUGUUUUCUUUCUGUUUUCUUUUCCAUCAGCUUCCGGCAGGGCAGGUGGAGGCCUUUAGGCCCAGAGCUCUGUGGAUUCUGGUGCCUGGAUGGGGGAAGAAAGGGUAGCCUGAAGCAACCACCUCCCUGGGACUCCAGGGCUUCCUAGGGUGCAAUGGGGGACAGCAUCAGUGCCCCAACAGCUGUAAACGUGGGCUCCCCUGAGCACCCCUGGGACCCUCACAUAGAGGUCAGAGGCUGCAGUGACCCCUCCCUCCCUCAGGGGUUGCUUCCCUUCUCAUGGGGCAGAGGCUGUGAAUGGGCUCCCGGACACAGGACAGACCGUGGGCUGGUCCAGCUCCUGAUGCCCCCGGUCUUUGUGCCCAACAGCCACCUGCCUUCCAUGGAGACUUUCUUUAGGAGACACUUCCGGUGGAAGGUGCCAGGCCCCGGAGAGGGGCAGCGGCGGCCCAGCAGCGUGGGGCUGCCCACAGGCAAGGCCCGGCGUCGCUCUCCCGCUGGGCAGGCCUCCUCCUCACUGGCACAGCGGCGCCGCUCCAGCGCCCAGCUGCAGGGCUGCCUCUUGAGCUGCGGGGUGAGGGCCCGGGGUUGCAGCCGCCGGCGCUCCAGCACUGUGCCCCCUUCCUGCAACCCCCGCUUCAUCGUGGAUAAGGUGCCCACUCCACAGCCUACCACUUUGGGGGCCCAGCUUCUGGGCACACCCCUGCUGUGGACCGGGCUUGUGGGCAUGAAUGAGGAGGAGGAGGAGAAGGGUGUCCAGGAGGAUGUGGUAGCCGAGGCAUCGAGUGCCAUCCAGCCAGGCACCAACACACCAGGGCCACCCCCACCCCGGGGCGCCCAGCCGCUGUUGCCCCUACCGCGCUACCUGCGCCGAGCCUCCUCCCACCUGCUCCCCGCGGAUGCUGUAUAUGACCACGCUCUCUGGGGCCUGCACGGCUACUAUCGGCGCCUUAGCCAGCGGCGGCUCUCAGGCCAGCACCCUGGCCCUGGGGGCCGAAGAGCCUCAGGCACCACCGCCGGCACCAUGCUGCCCACCCGUGUGCGCCCACUGUCGCGCAGGCGCCAGGUAGCCCUACGGCGCAAGGCGGCCGGACCCCAGGCCUGGAGCGCCCUGCUCGCGAAAGCCAUCACCAAGUCGGGCCUCCAGCACCUGGCCCCCCCUCCGCCCACCCCUGGGGCCCCGUGCAGCGAGUCAGAGCGGCAGAUCCGGAGCACAGUGGACUGGAGCGAGUCAGCGACAUAUGGGGAGCACAUCUGGUUCGAGACCAACGUGUCCGGGGACUUCUGCUACGUUGGGGAGCAGUACUGUGUAGCCAGGAUGCUGCAGAAGUCAGUGUCUCGAAGAAAGUGCGCAGCCUGCAAGAUAGUGGUGCACACGCCUUGCAUCGAGCAGCUGGAGAAGAUAAAUUUCCGCUGUAAGCCAUCCUUCCGUGAAUCAGGCUCCAGGAACGUCCGUGAGCCAACCUUUGUACGGCACCACUGGGUACACAGACGACGCCAGGACGGCAAGUGUCGGCACUGUGGGAAGGGAUUCCAGCAGAAGUUCACCUUCCACAGCAAGGAGAUUGUGGCCAUCAGCUGCUCGUGGUGCAAGCAGGCAUACCACAGCAAGGUGUCCUGCUUCAUGCUGCAGCAGAUCGAGGAGCCGUGCUCGCUGGGGGUCCACGCAGCUGUGGUCAUCCCGCCCACCUGGAUCCUCCGCGCCCGGAGGCCCCAGAAUACUCUGAAAGCAAGCAAGAAGAAGAAGAGGGCAUCCUUCAAGAGGAAGUCCAGCAAGAAAGGGCCUGAGGAGGGCCGCUGGAGACCCUUCAUCAUCAGGCCCACCCCCUCCCCCCUCAUGAAGCCCCUGCUGGUGUUUGUGAACCCCAAGAGUGGGGGCAACCAGGGUGCAAAGAUCAUCCAGUCUUUCCUCUGGUAUCUCAAUCCCCGACAAGUCUUUGACCUGAGCCAGGGAGGGCCCAAGGAGGCGCUGGAGAUGUACCGCAAAGUGCACAACCUGCGGAUCCUGGCGUGCGGGGGUGACGGCACGGUGGGCUGGAUCCUCUCCACCCUGGACCAGCUACGCCUGAAGCCGCCACCCCCUGUUGCCAUCCUGCCCCUGGGUACUGGCAACGACUUGGCCCGAACCCUCAACUGGGGUGGGGGCUACACAGAUGAGCCUGUGUCCAAGAUCCUCUCUCACGUGGAGGAGGGGAACGUGGUACAGCUGGACCGCUGGGACCUCCACGCUGAGCCCAACCCCGAGGCAGGGCCUGAGGACCGAGAUGAAGGCGCCACCGACCGGUUGCCCCUGGAUGUCUUCAACAACUACUUCAGCCUGGGCUUCGACGCUCACGUCACCCUGGAGUUCCACGAGUCUCGAGAGGCCAACCCAGAGAAAUUCAACAGCCGCUUUCGGAAUAAGAUGUUCUACGCCGGAACAGCUUUCUCCGACUUCCUGAUGGGCAGCUCCAAGGACCUGGCCAAGCACAUCCGAGUGGUGGUGAGCGGGGCCAGGCUGCCGUGGGUGGGCGGGCCGGAAGGGAGGGAGGCGGAGGCCACCUGCCACAUGCACCUCAACACCCACCCCGCCCGCCUCCAGUGUGAUGGAACGGACUUGACUCCCAAGAUCCAGGACCUGAAACCCCAGUGUGUUGUUUUCCUGAACAUCCCCAGGUACUGUGCGGGCACCAUGCCCUGGGGCCACCCUGGGGAGCACCACGACUUUGAGCCCCAGCGGCACGACGACGGCUACCUCGAGGUCAUUGGCUUCACCAUGACGUCCUUGGCCGCGCUGCAGGUGGGCGGGCACGGCGAGCGGCUGACACAGUGUCGUGAGGUGGUGCUCACCACAUCCAAGGCCAUCCCAGUGCAGGUGGAUGGCGAGCCCUGCAAGCUCGCAGCCUCACGCAUCCGCAUCGCCCUGCGCAACCAGGCCACCAUGGUGCAGAAGGCCAAGCGGCGGAGCGCCACCCCCCUGCACAGCGACCAGCAGCCGGUGCCCGAACAGCUGCGCAUCCAGGUGAGUCGCGUCAGCAUGCACGACUACGAGGCCCUGCACUACGACAAGCAGCAGCUCAAGGAGGCCUCCGUGCCGCUGGGCACUGUGGUGGUCCCAGGAGACAGUGACCUAGAGCUCUGCCGCGCCCACAUCGAGAGACUCCAGCAGGAGCCCGAUGGUGCUGGAGCCAAGUCCCCAACAUGCCAGAAACUGUCCCCCAAGUGGUGCUUCCUGGACGCCACCACUGCUAGCCGUUUCUACAGGAUCGACCGAGCCCAGGAGCACCUCAACUAUGUGACUGAGAUCGCACAGGAUGAGAUUUAUAUCCUGGACCCUGAGCUGCUGGGGGCAUCGGCCCGGCCUGACCUCCCAACCCCCACUUCCCCUCUCCCCACCUCACCCUGCUCACCCACGCCCCGGUCACUGCAAGGGGAUGCUGCACCCCCUCAAGGUGAAGAGCUGAUUGAGGCUGCCAAGAGGAACGACUUCUGUAAGCUCCAGGAGCUGCACCGAGCUGGGGGCGACCUCAUGCACCGAGACGAGCAGAGCCGCACGCUCCUGCACCACGCAGUCAGCACUGGCAGCAAGGAUGUGGUCCGCUACCUGCUGGACCAUGCGCCCCCAGAGAUCCUCGAUGCGGUGGAGGAAAACGGGGAGACCUGUUUGCACCAGGCAGCGGCCCUGGGCCAGCGCACCAUCUGCCACUACAUCGUGGAGGCCGGGGCCUCGCUCAUGAAGACAGACCAGCAGGGCGACACUCCCCGGCAGCGGGCUGAGAAGGCUCAGGACACCGAGCUGGCCGCCUACCUGGAGAACCGGCAGCACUACCAGAUGAUCCAGCGGGAGGACCAGGAGACGGCUGUGUAGCGGGCCACCCACGGGCAGCAGGCCCUGGCCGCAUGGCCAGGGGACGAGCGCCCUCCUUGCCCACCUCACUGCCACAUUCCAGUGGGACGGUCACGGGGGGACCUAGGCCCCAGGGAAAGAGCCCCGUGCCGCCCCCUAAGGAGCCGCCCAGACCUAGGGCUGGACUCAGGAGCUGGGGGCCUCACCUGUCCCCCUGAGGCCCCCGCCGGACCCGGAGGCUCACAGGGAACAGGACACGGCUGGGUUGGAUAUGCCUGGGAGGGGUUCUGGGGCAGGGCGCUCCCUGGCCGCAGCAGAUGCCCUCCCAGGAGUGGAGGGGCUGGAGAGGGGGAGGCCUUCGGAAAGAGGCUUCCUGGGCCCCCUGGUCUUCGGCCGGGCCCCCAGCCCCCGCUCCUGCCCCACCCGACCUCCCCCCGGGGUUCCUCCCGGAAAUUCAGCCCCUGCUGCACUUGCCCGCCCUGCCUUGCUUGGCACCCGCUCCGGCGACCCUCCCCGCUCCCCCGUCAUGUCAUCGCGGACUGUGCGGCCCGGGGGAGGGGGGCGGGACUCUCACGGUGACAUGUUUACAGCUGGGUGUGACUCAGUAAAGUGGAUUUUUUUUCUUU